AUGGAUAAAUUACUCAGACCGAAAGAGUUGGACAUUGAUCCUAAUGCUCCUCUGGCCUCAGAAAAAUGGACUCACUGGUAUGACACAUUUCAGAAUUUUCUUUCGUCCAUCAAGGAUAUAAACGAAGACUUUAAACUAAAGUUGUUGAAGAAUCACGUAUCUGCUACGGUUUAUAUGCUCAUCAGUGAUGUAUCGUCCUAUUCGAUGGCCAUAGACACACUCAAGACUACUUAUAUUAAGGUAAAGAAUGACAUUUUUGCUAGACAUUUGGUUGCUACAUGUAAACAGCAGCCGGGCCAAACGGUAGAGUCCUUUAUGCUAAAGUUGCGAAGCCUGGCCCGGGACUGUGACUUUAAAGAAGUAACUGCUGAACAGCACAGAGACAUUUGCAUUAGAGACGCCUUCAUAACUGGUCUGGCAUCCAACACUAUUAGACAGCGGUUACUGGAAAAGACAUCUCUUACUCUACAAAGCGCUUUUGACGAAGCUAGAGUGUUAGAAACAGCCACAACGCAUGCUCAGGCUUACAAUUCAACGAACGAAAUCUCCUGUGGGGCAAUGAAAACACCAACUAGCUCCCAUCUAGAAACAUACAUUUCUAUCGAAGACCAGGAAUUAAAUGCCAUUAAGUCGCUAUGCUACUUUUGUGGUAGGAGGAGACACUCUAGGACUGAAUGCUCUGCUCGAAAUGCAUUAUGUCAUCAGUGCGGUAAAAAGGGACACUUCCAAACUGUUUGUAAAUCAAGUAAAACAACAGCCAACAAAGCUGACAGCAAAAUAUCACUGACCAGUGUGAUAACUCCAUGUACCUUGUUAUCAACGCAUUUCUCUGGGCUUACACAGUCUACGGCACAAGUGAACGUCAACGGGUUGCUGUUGCAAGCUCUCAUAGACACUGGCAGCUGCGAAAGUUACAUAUCAGAAGCCAUCGUCAAGAGAAAUAAAUGGCCAGUACGUCCGUCUACAAACAGAAUAUUCAUGGCCACUACACAUCUUUCUGAAAAGACAUUAGGACAUACAUUUGCCGAUGUCCAGUACAAGGGAGAACACUACAAAAAGGUCAAACUUUCUCUACUUGCUGGAUUGUGCUCGGAUGUAAUCCUUGGUGUAGACUUUAUAAGUCUUCAUAAGGAAUUGACCAUACCGUACGGAGGAAAACGCAAUCCUCUACACAUCUGUGGUCUUAAAGCAGCACGAGUUGAAACACCGAGCCUAUUCAGUAAUCUAACUUCUGACUGCAGACCGGUGGCUACUAAGUCCCGAAAGCACUCAAUAGGUGAUAACAAAUUUAUUGAGUCCGAAGUUAGAAAACUCCUCUCGGACAAAAUCAUUGAACCUUCAAAGUCUCCCUGGAGAGCACAGGUGCUUGUGACAACAAACGAGAGACAUAAAAGAAGGAUGGUCAUUGAUUACAGUCAAACAAUAAAUCGCUUCACCUUACUGGAUGCAUACCCAAUGCCCCGAGUCGAUGAACUGGUAGAACGGAUAUCCAACUAUUCCGUUUUUAGUACUCUAGACCUCAAAAGUGCCUACCAUCAAAUACCAAUCAAGACUGAGGAAAGGCCGUUUACUGCAUUUGAGGCAUGUGGCAAACUCUACCAGUUCUGUCGCAUCCCUUUCGGUGUUACCAACGGAGUUGCAUGCUUUCAGAGAACAAUAAAUCAAAUUAUUGAGAAUGAAAAGUUGCAGGACACCUUUGCAUACGUGGACAAUGUAACGGUAUGUGGUCAUGAUCAAGAGUCGCACGAUGAGAAUAUGCAAAGAUUUCUAGAUGCUUCUAGAAAGUAUGGGAUCACAUUUAAUGAAGACAAAAGUACGAUAGCCACUGACAAAGUUUGCCUAUUAGGAUACGAAAUUUCUAAAGGCCUUCUCAAGCCAGACCCUGAAAGAUUCCAGGCUUUAAGAAACCUUCCUCCCCCUCAUGAUAUGCGCUCACAAAAACGGAUCGUGGGCAUGUUGGCGUACUACUCACAGUGGAUCCCAAAUUUUUCUAACAAAAUAAAUGUUUUGGCAAAUAACACAUCGUUCCCUCUUUCAGAAACAGUAAAGACAGCCCUUAACGAAUUAAAGCAGGAGCUGGAGAAAGCUGCCAUCUUCACCAUCGACUAUACUGGACCUCUGACGGUUGAAACAGACGCUUCAGAUGUUGCAAUAGCUGCCACCCUCAACCAGGAUGGCCGCCCCGUGGCGUUCUUUUCAAGAACACUCUCUAAAAGUGAAAGGCGGCACUCAGCUAUAGAAAAAGAAGCUUAUGCCAUUGUAGAAUCUUUAGGAAAUGGCACCACUACUUAG